GCAUCACUGCACAAGUAACAAUAUAUUUAUAUGUCUUCCCUAACUUUACCAAAUGGGUUAAGGAUUGUUCCACUAUAGCUGCAGUCCACUGAUUGACAUUAUUCUGAUUAUAAUCCACACCACCCAAUAUAGCAUCCAUACACUCUUCACAAUAUUGUGUGCUUCAUCAGCAUUGAAACCAAUCUCAUCAUUGUGGGGCUGAUAUUCCUCCAAGGUGGUGGCUGUAGAUUCUUAAUCAAACAAAUCUUAUCACUGACACAGGAAUGUGGGUUCGAGGAUGAGACAAUCCUCAGAUUCAUGUGGGGGCUGUUAUUUAGGGGUUAUUUUCAUAUCCAUUUAGUUACCUAGCCCUAAUUAGCCAUGUGAUAUCUUGCUUCCAUCCUGACUUCUUUGAUAGUCCUGAAAUUCCUUUAUUUCUUGUCCUUCCUAAUUCUCAUUCCCAAACUAAGUAGAGUCUGGUCUUCUGCCUGCAUAAACAGUUUGACCUCCUGGGGGAAAGGGAAGCUAGGUCUGUUCUCUAAAAAAUGCUGGCAGGGAUUUAUCUGCUUUAUCUAUUUCAAUUUUACUAUCCUCCCCUUUUAGCACUACUUCAGCCAGGAAUUUAAUCAAUUUCAAAAUGAUUUUUUAAAGCAAUUUAUUUAUAAAAUAUAGAAAAACGAAAAGCAAGAAAAUCAGAGAGAGGAUAGGGUAAGAUAUCUAACCUCCACACUAAGUAUUUUGCUCCAGGUCCUGGCUCAACCCAAGCAGAGCUAUAGUUAGUCCUUAGCUGGAGGAGCCUUAGCCUUGAGCCGAGGACCUGGGAAUGCAAGGAGGCUCUCUCAAGAGGGGAGGCCUCUCCUAAGGCUAGUCGCUUCAGAAAAUCCAGGAAAGGAGUCAGUCUUUUUUACUCACCCCACCUGCUAGUUCUAAAGGAAAAAUCCAAGAGCAGAGGUCCCCAGCUGGAGCUCCUUCAAGAUCCAGUUGAAGGCAAAAGUCUUCACAGGAAGUUCUUGACAUUUUAAAAGACCAUUUCUUUUCAUCACUUCCUGUGACUUCCUUCCAUUUUACCUGUACCACUUACAGCUAAAGCUUUGCUUAGGACUGCCCAGGGGGCAGUCAGUCAAUUCUGAUUCAUCACCCACUAUUGUACACAUGGAUCACAGAUCUUCCCCCAUUCAAGUGUAAGUGGAGUGUAUACCCCACUGGUGAUUAAAUCUAAAAAUGGGCAGGGGAGAGUUAAUCUCAUCUUCACACUUGACUAUAUCUGUUUAUAACAUGGGAUUUUCUCAGUGGGGGUAGAGAAAGGGAGUAGAAGAGAGAGAAGAAUCUUUGAACAAAUGGAAUAAAAUGAAGGGAUUGAAAAGAAAGGACAAUGGCUUUGUAAAACAUUUCCCAAGAAGCAAAAUACAAAUAAACAUUUAUGUAGUACUUUAAGGUUUGCAAAACACUUUACAAAUAUCUCAUUUUCUCUUCACAACGGCUCUGGAAGGUAGGUGCUAUGAUCCGCAGAUUAAUAUAUCCAGCCCUAAUCUCUUCCUUAGCUCUGGUCCUUUUUGACAUCUCAAACUGGAUGUCCCAUAUACAUCUCCAAUUCACCAUGUCUAAAACGGAAAUCUGUUUUCCUGAUGACAAAAUUGAGUUUCAGAAUGACCAGGGACACGGAGCUAGCAAGUUCUAAGGUCAAACUUGAAUUCAGAUUUUCCUCAAGGACAAAUGCUCUGUCCUCUGUGGUGCAACCUAGUUGUCAUAACGUUUUGAUAGCACACAGAUGUUUCUAAACUCUCAUGCAGUAAAAUUAGGCUAUCAACAAUUCAUAAAUUCAUAUUUUCCCAUUACCGUUGCUGUCAGAAUUUAUAUGAAUGGUUAUGAACGCUCUUUGAUGCCUUUGAUAUUGUGGCUCACACUCUUUCUGGAUACUUUCUUCUCUAGGUUUUCAUGACAUUCUUCACUCCUGAUGUAGAGCCCAAUAAGCGGGUCUACAAGGAGGGGGCUGUCCUUUGUGAUAGGGACCAGAGGAGAAGUAGGGAAUCGGGGAACCAGGGUGAAGAAUGACAGACAUGGACAAGUCAAUGUUUAAAUAGGGCAGGCAACCCCUAUGAUUUUCCCCUUGGGAGGAAAAUAUGAGGAUCAAUGGAAUACAAGGUAGAGGAGAAGAUUAAGGUGGAGAAUGUAAGCCGACAGGGGCGGGAGCCUCGUGGAGGAAGAGAUUCAGAAAGGAGAGAGAAAGAGGGAGGGAGGAUUAAGGAGCCGAGUGGAGCUCCACAAAAGGGGAGAGAAAGCCAAGAGGAAGUUCAUGGGUUUGCCUCUGAAUUUAAUCCUGUCCUGCUUGGGCGGUACUCCCAAGGGCGUAGUAAACACAUCACAAAGUAUAGACACUUAAGAUUAGGUGGCAAGGUAGAGGGAACACCUUUGGGCGUGUAGAUUGUAAACAGCUCUUUCCCGGGGAAUUGAGUCCGAGCAUGUUAAUGAGUUUGUCUUAGCCAAGGGCCGCAUGGCCAGUUCAAGGUUACAUUCACAAGCCUCAUUGGUAUAACCUUAUGCUUGGCGACACAGUAAUCAUAUAGUCAUUUAUAUUUCAUAGAUGUGAAUAUGCUUGGGAUGCUACACCUGAUUCUCCUCUUACCCGACUAAGGGCUCCUCAGUCUCUUCAUCUAGGUUGUGCUCAACAAUGGCGAGUAUCCCCCAAAGCUUUGCUCUGGACCCUCUUCUCUCUAUAUAUAAUCUACUUUGGUAAUCUCAGCAGCUCCAGUUAUCUAUGCAAUCCCCAGAUAUCCAGCCCAUAAGAAAUAUCUCUUUCCCACACUCUAGGCCUACUACACAAACUGUCUUUUUGACAUCUCAAAUUCAACAUGUCUAAGACAGAACUUAUUAUCUCUACCCCACUCAACUUUCCACCCUUCCCAACUUACCUCUCUCUGGACCAGGCUCUCAGUCUACUGAGUCGCUCCUCCUUUCUUCUUUUAAAUAAACUCCAGGCCUUCUACUACUUCCAGGAGCAAAUAUAAAAUCCUGUCUGGCAUUUAAAGCCUUUCAUGAUGUGGCCCCUUCCUACCUUUCCCAUCAUCUUAGUCUUUGCUCUUCUCCAGUAAUACUAGUCUUCUUGAGUUUCCUCAUAUAAGAACAAUCUAUCUCCAGAGACCGUGCAUUUGCCCUGGGUCUCCUCCAUGCCUAGAAUGCUCUUCCUCCUCACCUCUCAGUUUCCCUAACUUCUUCCAAGACUGCUUAAAUCCCACCUUUUGCAAGAGGCAUUUCUUUGUCUCUCUCCACCCCACUCCUUUCUGAGAUGACCUCCUAUUUUUACUGUCUAUAUCAUAUAGGGUACAUGGUUGUAUGGUGUCUCCCUCAUCAGAAUGGGAGCAAGAGUAGGGACACUGUGUUUUUACCUUUAUUUGUAUGCCUAGUGCCUAGCACACAGCACUGUGCCUGGCCCAGUGUUUUAAUAAAGGUUUGUUGGAUGACUAAUAGGUUACAUUCCAUGGUUUAAGGAAUAUGUGACAGAGAAAGAGUACUGACCUUGAAUUCAUGGGAGCAUAGUUUGGAUGGCAGCUCAGAUUUACUGCCUACCUAACUUUGCUCACCUAUAAAAGAAGGGGUAGCACCCACAGAAAGGGCUCCCGCUUUACUCAACUAUUCAUUAAAACACCCUUGCAGGCAGGGAUUCGGUUUUUUUUUUUUUUUUUGGUGUGUUUGCCACAAGAAGCACCUAAUAAAUAUCGGUUUAUUGGCUGAUUGCAGAAAAUCAGAACCCCAAAGCUAGUGAUUUUCCUCUCCUCUGACUAACCACCUGCAUGAAAAGGUUUGGCAGGGAAGCUGACGCCUCUGCCAUCCACCACCCCACCUUUGGUCAGCAGGCAGGAUCUGGGCGCCGGUCUUUCUCCUUCCCGCCCCAGCAGCGGAGCCACGGUAGAUAUGCCCCUGCGCCGGAGAGGGGUCCGGUAGAUCGCGCCAGCUCCGCCAGGCCCCGCCCAUCUACUCCGCCCCCGAGGAAGGGACCGCGUUCAGUAGCUCGUGCCGGCGCACUGGCCCCACCCCCAGGGCGGGGCAAUGGCGGUAUACGCGCGCGCGCGCGCGCCGCUCAGUUGCUCGCUCCAACUACCCCCGGGCCCCGCAGCGCAUGUGCCUGGCGCCCCCUGCCCGGCCCUGGAUUCCGUUCCCUCGCAGUUCCCGCUGCCGCCCCUGGAACCUGCACCGGCCCCGCCGCCCAUGGCUGGGACGCGUUGGGUGCUCGGGGCCCUGCUCCGGGGCUGCGGCUGUAACUGCAGCAGCUGCCGGCGCACGGGGGCCGCCUGCCUGCCGCUCUACACGGCCGCAGGCGCCUUCCCCGCAGGCGUGUCGGGCCGCCGCCGCCUGCUGCUGCUGCUUGGGGCGGCCGCUGCCGCCGCUGCUCAAACGCGGAGUCUGCAGGCCGGCCGCCUGGUGGGCCCGCCGCCUUCCCCGGCCGCAGCUACUUCUGGUCCCGUGGCCGCGGCCGCCGCCUCCUUCCAGGCCCUGCGCGGGCCUCUGCUGUCUUCGGCCGUCCCCGUUGCCGCGCCCUCGGUGGGCCGCGGCUACAGCCAGGAUUCUAAUACCUAUCUAGAAGAACUCCCGCCACUCCCUGAGUAUGACCUGACUUCAUCUAAGUUAGGAGAAGAGGAAGAGGAUGAUGUAUAUCUCAUUCGGGCCCAAGGACUGCCUUGGUCCUGCACUGUGGAAGAUGUGCUUAAGUUUUUCUUUGACUGUCGAAUCCGAAAUGGUGAGAAUGGGAUACAUUUCCUCUUAAAUAGAGAUGGGAAACGCAGGGGAGAUGCAUUAGUUGAAAUGGAGUCAGAGCAGGAUGUAAAGAAGGCCUUAGAAAAACAUCACCUCUACAUGGGUCAACGCUACGUAGAAGUUUAUGAAAUAAACAAUGAAGACGUGGAUGCUUUAAUGAAGAGCUUGCAGGCCAAAUCAAACCCUGCGGUAAAUGAUGGAGUGGUUCGUUUGAGAGGACUUCCUUAUAGCUGCAACGAGAAGGACAUCGUGGAUUUCUUUGCAGGUCUGAAUAUAAUUGACAUAACAUUUGUCAUGGACCACCGAGGGAGAAAGAAAACAGGGGAAGCCUAUGUGCAGUUUGAAGAACCAGAAAUGGCUAACCAAGCUCUGCUGAAACAUAAGGAAGAAAUUGGGAAUCGGUAUAUAGAAAUCUUCCCGAGCCGAAGGAAUGAAGUUCGAACACAUGUUGGGUCUCACAAGGGGAAGAAAGUGGCGCCUUCUCUGCUCAAGGGUGGGCCUGAGCCUGGCCCGAGCUUGGACGAGCACGACAGGAGUGAGGAGCUCCGCGCAAUGAUGACCUUUGAAAGUGAAAAGGAAGGGGAAUUACACAAGGAGGCCCCGGAGAAGAGCGCGGAGGCCGCGGACUUCGGAACCAUGCCUUCUCUGCAUUUCGUUCACAUGAGAGGACUGCCUUUCCAAGCGAAUGCUCAAGACAUUGUCAACUUUUUUGCUCCUCUGAAGCCCGUUCGGAUCACCAUGGAAUACAGCUCUAGUGGGAAGGCCACCGGGGAGGCUGAUGUGCACUUUGAGACCCACGAGGAUGCCGUGGCGGCGAUGGGCAAGGACCGCUCCCACGUGCAGCAUAGGUAUAUUGAGCUGUUCCUGAAUUCUUGUCCAAAAGGAAAAUAGCGUUGCCAGGAACAUCAUUGAAUCCAGAGAACAAGGAUACAGCAGAAGCAUUUCAUUUGCACACCUAUUUUGGACGUGGAAUCCAGAGUUUUAUCAGCAGCUUUGUCUAGGAAAACUUUUUUUUUUGUUGGUUUAAUAGAUUUGAAGAAAAAUUCCAUAGCUGACUGUUUUAGAAGAGAAGAUUCAGUUUGGGAUUAUGAAAUAAACCACACAUUUAAGUUUUUGUUUAUACUGUCUAGGAUCUGAUUGAAAAUCUGAUCUUUAUUUUAUAUGACCACACAGCUUGGCGAGGGAGGGCAAACCUAACCAGCUAUUGUACAUUUUUAUUCAGUUACCCUUGUUUGUAUAACUUAGACAAAGGUUUUGUUCUCCACGAGUGGAGAACCCUGAUGCAAAGCUCCUAGUUUGAAAGCUGUAGUUGUAGCCAAGUAUCGACGACUGCAACAAGAUGCUCACCAAAGCAGGGAAGGCAGGGUGGUCUGCAGGUCCCACACUCACCAGGGACGAGGGGAGGGAACCCAAAGUGAAGGGCCCGGGUGUUGGCGGACUGCCUGUGAAUGGGGAGGGCCCCUAUGCCUUAUGAUCCCCAACACUGGUGCCUGGUGAAUGGAUGUGGCGAUUAAGCAGUACUCCAUCUAAUCAAAGGACUGUGGAUCUUCACUUCGCUUCGAGGGGCCUGAACUCCUGGAAGCACACGAGGCAGUGGCCGAGGAAGCAGCGAGCCUCCUGCCUGUCCGAGCACGUGUGUGCUGCGAGCAGGGUGGCACCUCCCGGGCGUCCUCGCCUUGGCCUGCCGCAAGGGGCACAGGGCAGAGGUGCAGUGCCUGGCUUGCACAAAGCCCGGAGCGCGGGUCCCAGGAAGGGUCGGAGCACAGCCAGGCUCCCUUCACACGGUGGCUGUUUUCUGGCGAUUUGAAAUCGUUUCCUCGCUUCGCCUGUUGCCCUGGGAACUUCCCGCCGGCUCUGUGUGCUUCACCACGUGUGUCGCUGUGGGUCCAGCCAGAGGAACCCGGGGCUACCUGGCGCUUUCCCCUCCCUCCGCGGCGCCCCUUCUCAGGAGGACCGUCUGGUGUCCAGGACUGUGGGAGUGGGUGGUUGCGAGAGGGGACCCGGGGCUUCUCCCAUACAUCGCCCUGUGUCAUUACCAGCUAAAACAUCCAUCGCUGUACUGUAAAGUUAGUCAAUAAACGAAGGCUGAUUUCA